CGCACAAGCAGCAGACGAUCACCGGAGCUGGAAAGAUGGCGGCUGGUUCUGGGGCUGCAAGUGGCCACGGAGCCCGCAGCUCCAAUGCGGCUCUUGAAGCGUCUUUGGACCGGAGGUUUCAAGGAGUAUCCAACACUAUGGAGUCAAUACAGGGACUAUCAACCUGGUGCAUUGAAAACAAAAAGCACCACGGCCUUAUUGUUCGCUACUGGAUGAAGUGGCUCAAGAAAUCUGACAACAAUCACCGUUUGAAUCUCUUUUACCUUGCAAAUGAUGUAAUCCAGAACUGCAAAAGAAAGAAUGCCGUUGUGUUUCGUUCCGCCUUCGCAGAAGCCCUUCCCAACGCCGCUCAGCUCAUUAAGGAUGUGAAGGUCCGUAAGUCAGUGGAAAGGAUCUUUGUGAUUUGGGAGGAGAGGAGCGUGUACCCUGAAGAGGUCAUUGCUCAGUUCAGAACGUGCUUGAACAAAAAGGAUAAAGAGCGAGAGAGGCAGAAGGAAAAGGAAAGGGAGAGAGAGAGAGACAAAGAAAAAGAGAAAAUAAAGGAGAAGGAAAAAGAAAAGGAGACUCCUCCUGCAACGGCCCUGGUCAACAAAGCUGCCCUCAAGUCCAAGAUUGUAGAAGAGUUCACACCCAACGCCCUCAUUGAGCAGUUGUCCACAUAUAAGCGGGUGGUUGCAGAAGAGGAGUUCAGGGAGAAGCAGCUGUCUGCUCUUAGGGUGGACGUCUGCAGCACAGAGGCUCUGAAGAGACUUAAAGACAAAGCAGGAGGGAACAAGUUUGCAAAGGACUUUGAGGAUGGAAGUCUGAAGUUGCAGGAGUUUGUCAGCUUCCUUGACAAAGAGAUGAAAACAGGGCCUCCCCUGCUGGAAGCUUUGGGAAAUGCAGACAUUUUCUACGAGAUGCAGUAUAAGGAGGUUAAGAUUGUGGCCAAUGCGUACAAUGCAUUCGCCAACCGUGUGGCCAGUCUUAAGAGGAAAUUGGAUUCCCUCAAGUCGACUCUACCUGGACCUGAGGACUCUCCCAUCCCCUCCCCUUCUGAAGACGCCCCUUCCCCCACUGGCUCUGAUUCCCCAUUCCUGGGACUGGGGCCUAGCAGAGCACAGGUGGAUCCAGAGCUGGAUGGCAAGGCCAUGGAUGAUGGAGAACUACCAAGUGACAACAGAGACAUGGAGGACAUGGACAUGUCUGAUGAAGAGGCUGAUGCUGUCACAGCAGGGGGUGAGAAGAACGACAAGGGGAAUGCUGCUGUUGCCAAGGCUACAAAGUCAGACGCAGCAUUAAAAUCUCCGACCACACCAACUAAAGCUUCGAAGGCCAACAAUAUUGCUGCUGCCACGGCAACUCCAGUGACUCCUACCUCUGCUCCAGCAACCCCUCUGGGAGUCAAUCUGGAGAAGGUGGAUCUUGGAAAGAUCAGCUCCAUUCUUAGCUCGCUCACUUCUGCAAUGAAAAAUACAGCAGCCAGCCCUGCUCGGCCGUCUCCUGCAACACCCACCACUCCCUCUGGCCAGUCAGUGACGCCCUCCAGCCCUGCACUGGCCAGCAUUCUGUCACGAGUGGACAUCACACCUGAAGGCAUUCUCAAUGCUCUGUCCAAAACAAACACACCUGGUUUAUCCUCCCUUCUGCAAAGUGUGACAAACACUGCCUCAGCUCCUCCCACCCGAACCUCCCCAGAAUCAUCAGCAGUAAAAGCUCUGCUCAGCCCAACCACCCCCAAACUUAAACCCAGCCCAGGGAACAGCUUCAAACGAGACACACCAGGCAGAACCAGAGACUGGGGGAAAGAGAGACAGCUGUCCCCUCCUCCUCCACCCCCUCCUCGCCCCUCUGUCCCCUCUGUCUCUCCCCCCAGUCUAGAAUCAAAAAUCAAUAGUUUCUUGCAGGGUAAUCCAGGCUUUAGUCUUGCUCUGGGUGAUGUCAGUCCUGAUGGGGUUGAUGGAACCCCGGUGAGAGACGAGGCUGCCUGUACCCCCACCCAGGAUGAGAUCAUGGACACGCCUGGGAGUGUGUCAGAAUCUCUAGGGUCAUCUGGAGGUCAUACCCUCUCACCGACAGCGUACCGUGGCGAACCCUGGGACGCUGUGAUCACCCCUUCAGGAAGCAACAGCAACGGGGACUUUGUUAGCUCCUCCUCCUCAUCUCGGUACGGAGCCGGGAAGAAGAGCGGAUCAAAAUUAGAUGAAGUGAAAAAGCCGGUCUCCUCUUCUCCUAGUUAUGACAUGAAGGGUAAAAAAGAUGGACAGCACAGGAUCAUGGGAAACAACAGAGGGAUUGGAGAAAGGAGGCUCUCUGCAGGCUCUCGUAAGACGAGCACCGGCUCAGACGACAGUGGUCUGAGUGGAAAGCGAGAGGACAAAGGAAAAGGUCUAGGCUCUCCUGGCCCUGGUGAGAAGGAAGGCCAGUAUCAUCGUAUCGAGACUCUAGUCUCACCCUGCACUGAAGGGGCACCCAUCCAAACUCUAGGCUACUCCAACCGCCCACUCGCUGGAGAGCGCAUCAAGACAGUUGAGAGCAUCCGCAUGUUUGGCAGAGGGUCUCGAAGAGGGGGAGGAGCUGUCAGUCGGCCAGGGGGAGCAAUGUGGUACGAGGAGGAGGAAUACAUGGAAGCUCAGCCUCCCUCACCCCACGCUGCCCCCCCGCCUCUCAAUAUUGUCCAGGGUGGCGCCGAGGACAUGAACCCCAACAUGCCGCCUCCUCCACCACAUCUCCUUCUUGCACAUCUCCACCCUCCUCCGUCCCAUCCUCAUUCUCAUCCUCCUCCACCUGCUCAGUUCCAAAUGCCCUUCCAUGCAGAUAACAUGCAGAAUCCUCCUCCAUCCCUCCUCCACCAGCAUCCUCCUCCCACAUCCCCUUUCUUCAACGCUCCUCCACCUAUUCCCCGACCCCCUCCGCCUCCCAUGCUGCAGCGCAUUUCCCCUCCACCUAUCCAUCCCGCUGUUCCCUCUGUUGUCAUGGUUGGGGGAGUGUUGGUCCCUGUCGAUCGCUCCCUAACUCUUCCUCUCCCUGUCAGACCUGAAGGUGCAGAGCGAGGUGGGCUGGGGCCCAGAGGAGGCAAAUUAGGCCCUCAGCCCCUCAUGUCAUCACUGCUGGGUGAGCCGCCUAAGCUGCUCCGCCCUGGCACAGUUAAAGAGCCUUAUGCCAACCGACAUGCCCCCCCUCCCCUCCGACUAGGUAACCCUGGUGUUCCUCUCCCAUUACUGGGCAGAGUGAAGGAGCCUUUAAAUCUACCUCUUCCUCCACCUUCUCCCUCCCCCACAUCCUCCACAACCUCUCCCUCCACGCCAAACUCCCCUGCCGUCGAUACAGCCCCUUCUCUCCACAAGCCCCCUGCUAGUCCUCCAGCUAUGUCCCGCAAUCAGACCCCUAACCCCGUUCCCCUCCUCAACCUUCCCACUACCCGACCCCCAAUGCUUUCAGUCCCCAUCCCACAGAGACCUCUGCUGCGAGGCCGAAACCCCCCUCAGCAUCGUUACCAAGAUCACCCCAUAGGGGGGUUUCGCAGGGGCAAGCGGGCCGGUCCUCCCUUUACAGGUGGUCCCUUCCAUGCACAGAAGAGACCUUUUCUACCCCCACGCUACUGAAGCGGUCGUCUAUGACAGGCUGAACGAGAAGUUCAAACAACAGCGCUGAAGUGCAGAAUGUGUGUUAGCCCUGCUGGUAUGAACCCAGAUAUCUUUACUCUGUCAAAUAGCUUGAAUUAAAACUACCUUAGGCUGUGUGUAAAUAGCUUAUUAAAACGUCAUGCUAGAGCUAGCUAGCCAGCCAGCCAGUCAUCCUACACUGUACAGUACAGCUGUGAGGUUAUCAGUUACAGAGUACAGUGUUAUGUAACAAACCUCCAGUCUAUCUCUUUUUUUCCUUCUCUCCAUACACAGUAGAUUAGUGUCAUCAGGUCUCAAUAAAGUUACAUCAUCAAAAGACAAUAACAGCAGAAAUGAAACAAUAUUUUAUUAAGAGUUUGCCGACUUUUAAUGAGUGAUUGUUGGGAUUCCUAACUUUAAAGAGAGGCAUAGAAAAUAAAAGCAGCAGUUUGAUAUUUUAGGAAAUCAUUUUGUUUAGUUUCUUAAUGAGAGUAACAGAAGAUCAAUAGAACCCCGAUAUCUUUACCGUAAAUAUCCAACACAAACCAGAGCUGAAUAGCUUCACUUAACAUAAAGACUGUAAAUGGAAAAACAAGUCUGCAAAAGGUUAAAAUACAAACCUUACACUUCUCUUCUAUUAAUUAAUAAUAUAAUUUUCACAGCUUUAUUUCAUACAAAAGUGAAAGUAUUGAAAUAACACAAGAAGUUUUAGAAGGCUGCAAUGACUUAUUGAGUCUAAGCUGUUGGCUGGAUAUCAUCACAGCAGCAACGUGAUCCUGGAUCACCACUUGCAGCUUCAGGUUUCUUUUGUUACAUGUUUAGAGAUCCAGGCUAGAUGUCUGCCCUAUUUCCAGUGUUUAUGCUAAGCUAACAUUAUCAUAUCCCCAAAAUCAAAUUUUAAAGACCUAUAAAGCCAAUAAUGGUAUUUCCCAAAACAUCAAACUAUACCUGUAAAAAAAAAAAAAAAAAAAUGUUAUCGUAAAGUAGGUUCCAAAAUAAGCUCUUCUUCCAUGAGUGUCCGGGUGUGUGCCGUGUGUCCUACAAUUGUAUUUCACAUUUCAAGUGACGAGAUUUGUGUUGCAGCUUAGGUUAACACUUGUUUUUAUUUCCAGAAUACCUGCUGUAAAUAGUGUUCUUCUCUUGCUCAACCUUUCCACCUUCUAUCUCUUCCACAGUAUAUCUCUUUAGCUUGUAAAUAUAAAAAACUGAGAUGAUG